AUGCUGGCUCUUUUGAUAUUUGGGAUAAUUUUGCUCCCUAAAAAUGUUGAUUAUAUUGAUCCUGCUGCUAUUCAUGUUUUUGUAUCUGUUAAGGUUUUUAGGAUGGAUCCAACUCCUACUAUUUUGGCUAAUAUUUACUAUACUAUCCAUGCCCGUUGUGAGAAAAAGAAAGGGAUGAUAUUUUGUUGUGUUCAUAUAUUAUUUUCUUGGUUAACAUCUCAUCUUUAUAAGGCAAGUUAUUUGGUCAAGGAUCUAACUAGGCAAGAAUGGUCACAAAAACUAAGGACAAUCAAGGUUGAUUCUAUCUUUGGGUAUGCAAGAAAGUUGAACUUCGAAAGGAUUAUUUAUAGGUGUGGGGAUUUUCAUAAUGUUCCUUUAAUUGGGACAUUGGGUUGCAUUAACUACAACCCUGUACUAGCGCUGCGUCAGUUGGGUCAUUCUAUGGAUGAUAAACCUUCCGAAGAACAAAUUAUGGAACUAAUUCUGCAUAAUAUGGGAAAGGGAGAACCAAGAGAGUUAAAGAAAGUAAUCCAUGCUUGGAGUUUUGUUCAAACAAAGAAUUUUGGACCAAAGAAUGUCAUAGCCAAAGAACCCUACACUAGUUUGGUCCUUGAAAGAGUUAAGAAAAAUCCAUUGCCAUUUGUUGUGGACCCUGCAUAUAAGCCUGAUAUUCCUAAUCCAGUUCUCUUAUCCGUGGAAGAGGUAGAAGAACUAAGGGCGGCCCUGGAGGCUUCCCAAAAGGAAAAGGAAGACUUAGAGCUUAAAAUGCUUCAAUUAACUAAUGAAAGAAGUCAACUGCGUCUUGGCGUCAAGGAGAAAAACCAAGAGCUUCAGGUUACCAAGGAAGAAGGUGAAAAGGAGAGGGUAAAAUAA